AUGGGUUUCUUCUAUUCGCAAUUUUUUGCCACCCCUUCCUAUCCCAAGCAAUCCUUUGCCAACCAAACCGUCCUCGUCACAGGUGCCAAUGUGGGACUGGGACUCGAGGCAGCUCGCCACAUCACGCGACUGGGCGCGGCACGGGUCAUUCUGGGCGUGCGAAAUGUAAACGCGGGCCAAGCAGCAAAGCAAGAUAUCGAAAAGACCACCGGCCGUUCGGGAGUCUGCGAAGUGUGGGAGGUGGAUUUGGCCUCCUAUCAGUCCGUGUUAGCCUUUGGCGACCGAAUUGCACAGCUGCCCCGACUGGAUGUGGCUAUUUUGAAUGCUGCUCUGGCCACCGAGACUUUCCAAACCGCCGAGGACCACGAACGCACCAUCACUGUCAAUGUCAUUAGUACCCUGCUGCUCGGCCUGCUGCUCCUCCCCAAGUUGCAGGCCACACGACGUGAAGUGCCCUCGACGCACCCCCGCCUGAGUUUUGUCGUCAGCGAGGUCCACGCAUGGGUCAAAUUGCCUGAAUGGAGAGCCGACAAGCCAAUGCAAAAACUCAGCGAUCCCUCCCACGCCAAGAUGACCGAACGCUACCCUGUUUCGAAGCUUCUCGAAGUCCUCCUCGUGCAGGAACUUGCUGGUCGGGUUCGCGGAUCCGAAGUGAUUAUCAACAUGAUCAACCCCGGCUUUUGUCACUCGCAGCUAACCCGAGAGGCGGGCUGGACAAUGUGGGCGAUGAAGCUAGUUCUUGCACGGUCGACCGAACUCGGGUCACGAACGUUGGUCGCCGGUGGUGCGGCAGGGCUUGAAUCUCAUGGCUCAUAUAUGACUGACGGCCAUGUCGAAAACACCGCCCUAUCUCCCUUUGUGCGGAGCGACGAGGGCCGCCAAGCUCGGGAGAAGCUUUGGCUCGAAUUGUCUCCUAUUUUGGAGAGCGUUCGGCCAGGGAUCAUGCAGACUGUGUAA